AUGGAGUGGCAGAAUCUAGCGUUGGAAGCUACGACAGACACCCGAUCCGAAGAAAUGGAGGUCAAGAUCCCGCUUACACCCGCGGUGGGGCGAUCCGGGUACGAAACUCCGCGCGCAAUACUCCAAAGACCGAAGACGACGUUGAUCCAGUGUCGGAAGGUCGAGGCGAGAUUAGCUACAUUCGAGAGGUCAAGAUCAAGGAACAUCACCGUCGAAAUGCUGCGGUCGGAUCUGCCAUCAAUGAUGAGUGUACAAUCUGGGACGGAACAUGUGACCGGUGAUCCGUCGAACGACAAGUGCGCCGCAUCUAUGUCGCAAAAAACGGACAUGGAUCCAUCACCUCUUGUUGAAGAUGAACCAGGCACAUCGGAUCUGGACCUCACCUGGGAUGAUGAAUGUGUAUACUACCAUGAAGGAAGUGAUCUAUACACAGAAGACGUCGACGGUCAGACGGCGGUACUGCCGGAAGGGCCUGUGACGACGGAAGAUGUGAAGAUCGAGGACAUUCAGCUAUGUGGAUCUGGUAACCAGACCCCAGAAGAAAUUGAUCGACUUCGCCAACGGAUCUGGAAGUUCCGACAUCUCUUGAUCGGUAAGGGAAAUGCCCUUCCGCCGGCGGCUAGAGGAGUGGUGUGCGAUAUCGAUGUUGGGGGAGCGAGACCUAUCGCCCUCAAAUGUCGUAAGUUGCGGAUCCAGUUUAGGGAGAAGCUGGCGGACUUGAUCGAGGGUCUAUUGUCGGUCAAGAUGAUCAACUACUCUAGAUCACCGUGGGCUUACCCGAUCGUGCUAAUCAUCAAGAAGAAUGGAGUGGAUAUCAGGCUAUGCAUCAAUUAUUGGUUGGUUAAUAGUCUAACUCAGCUGAUGGUCUAUCCAAUGCUCUUGAUCAACGACCUACUCGAAGAUCUGGAGUCGACACUUUGGUACUGCUCUUUGGAUAUGGCGAGUGGAUAUUGGGUG